GGCCGCCACUUGAAUUGCGUGCUCAAAUUGGUGGCUUAUCAUUGGCUGGGCAAUUUCCCACUGAUUCUCCUCUCCUACCCUACUUGGACGUGGAUGGGAAUGAAAACGAGCCUUCCUCUUCCUCCAUGGAAGACGGUUGCUUUGCAGAUUGUUUUUUUCUUUGUCAUUGAGGAUUUUAUCUUCUAUUGGGGACAUCGAGCCCUUCACACGAAGUUCCUGUAUCAGCAUGUGCACCGGGUACACCAUGAGUAUGCAGCUCCCUUUGGCCUGGCGUCGCAGUAUGCACAUCCGUUCGAGAUCAUCUUCUUGGGUGUCGCUACGGCUGCCGGUCCUGCCCUCAUAGGACCACAUAUAUUUACACUGUGGCUAUGGAUGUGUCUGCGUAUACUGGAGGCUAUGGAUGUGCAUAGCGGUUACGACUUCCCUUGGAGCUUGAGCAAGGUGUUCCCCUUGUAUGCAGGGUCUCAUCAUCAUGACUACCAUCAUCGGCUUUUAUACACCAAAUCGGGAAAUUACGGUUCUACCUUUACCUACAUGGACUGGCUGUUUGGUACAGACACUGGGUAUCGGAAGUUGAAGGCCCUGGAGAAGGAGAAAGGAGCUCAUGCCACUGCAGAUAAAAAGGCUACAUAGAGACCAAGGAGGCGGGUCGUAUCUUGUGUCGGCAAACAGUGAGGGGAUCUUUCUCCAUUGCAGCUCAUACAGCUGUGUGUAUGUGGUUGUGUGUGUGUGUGUGUCCUGACAUGUGUGUUUGCAUGUGUGCAUGUCUGCUUCCAUGCGUGUGUGUGUGCAUUGGCAUACAGCUGUUAUCGUGUUCUCUAUACACAACUCCACAAAAAACCACCUCACUGCUCUCUCUGACGGUCGGUUACCUGGCUCCUUUGCAUGUGUGUGCGUGUGGUUCCGGCUUUUCUUUCUCUCAAUCUCCCUCCCACACACGCCAUGGCCCGUCAAAGAUACAAAGGAGUCGUAGUUGUCUUUCACACUCCCCAUGUCUGUGGGGCUUAGUGGUGUGAUGGGUAGAGAGACUUGGCGCGGUGUUUGAUAGACAAGCUUCCAGUUUCGGAAGAAGCUUUCCUGUUUAGGAAGCUUGGUGCUGGCUGGGUUCAUGCGCAUGACGGUCGCCCUUGUGUAAACCAUACAGGGGUUAACUCAACUGUUCUGCCCAUAGCUGUAUAUGUAACACAACUGCUCUGCCCAUAGCUCUCCAUAGGUGAGUCUACUGUUCUGCCCUAGCCGUAUAGGUGACUUGACUGUUCUGACAUAGCUAUGCAGGUGACCCCACUGUUCUGCCAUGUAUAGGUGUGAUGCUGUGUAGCAACACCUAAAACCCCCUGUGAAAGGGGGAAGGAAGGGGGGCUGGGAAAAUAUAUUAUCCAGCCCGUGUGGAUGAAUGAUAUGCACACAUGUAACUGAUGAUGAACAAGGUCUGACGGAAUCAGACGGAUACAAAAACGUAUGGGACUACCUUACCCCCUUCAUCUCAUCAUUUUGUUAAAGAAAAAAAGGGGAAGAGGGCAUACCCGGCGUAGGCUGCUAGAGUUGUUCGAAAGAUUGCAUUGGUAUACCCAGCGUAGGCUGCUAGUUCCAAAAAAUUGCACCCCAAAAGGAGGAGCUGCAAGCGGUUUUAGACUUGUAGGCUUUUAGCUAUUGUGCCAUUGAUUCCAGGAGACCAACUACCUGACGGGGUUAAUUCGUUUGUGUGUGUGUGUGUGUGUGUGUGUGUGUGUGUGUGUGUGUGUGUGUGUGUGUGUGUGUGUGUGUACACGUGUAGGGGGGGCGGGGGUUUGUAUGUUUGUCAUGUAGGGAAGGUGAGAGGUAGGGUUUUAUUUUACAGUUAUUCAUGCAAUGAUUAUUCAUGCGAUGUUGCUUGCUGUACCUUGUGGUUUCCGACGGACCAGCUAUAGACUACGCACGCACGAGAUUAUGCAUUCUAUACAAGCACGAGAUUAGGUAGAGUACAAAUAUCUCAAGGAUAGAAUGGCUGCAUUACUUGGUUUCUUUCUUUUUAGUUUUUUUAACUUUUUUGUAAUUAUUGAUGAUGUUCAGUACCCAGGCGUGAGAGAAGAAGCUGAACAGAGUCUUGACAUUGGAAGGAGAAGGGAAGACAUUCUUCUCAGUGUUUUCACUUACAUUAAAAAAAAAAAAAAAAAAAAAAAAAAGUAUGAUAUGUAAAUGCGGUUUACCACACAAUGAACAAAGAGUUCCGUCAAUC